AUGGAAAGCGAUAACCAGCUGAGACUCCAGCUAGAGGCUUUGUAUAUGCAAAUUCUUUCUACCUUGACACUCCCGUCUCUCACUCAUUUAUUCUCGGUUCGCCCCUCCACGGAUUUGAAACGGCCCUUGCAGGGAACUGAGACACUUCUCUCUUCGCUGGCAGAUAGUUUCACGCGUGGAUCACCUUCCACAUUGCUAUCAGCAUUGGAAUGUCUCAAGGUUCGCAAAGUCCACCGCCAAGCCAUCAACAAUGCCCUUCUCAAGACAAAGGCCAAUAACUUACUUUACGGCCUGGUUGUGGCUGGUGGGCGUCUUGUCAGCGUCAUUCGGCCAAAGAAGCAUUCUCUUCACCCCGGUGACCUGCAACUUUUAUUUAACAUGAUCUUCGAGGCUGAUGGAGUCCAAGCUGGUGGUGGCGAGAGCUGGAUUCCCGUCUGUCUUCCUGGCUUCAACAGCAGUGGCUACCUAUAUAUGUAUGUCAGCUUCCUCGAUCUUCGUAGUGAUGUCGAGGAGAAUGAAAAUAUCUCGAAAGAUGAAUCGGUUGCUAUCGUCCUCAUCAGCCCUGACAAAGAGAGCUUUUUUGAAAUGCAAAGCAUGCGUGAUUCCCUCGUUGAGCAAUUACAAAAGAACGGAAGUCUCCAGGUAAUCAAAGCUGCAGUGGACCAAGGGCGACCAGUGACUACUGAUAUCGUUCCCGGUACAGUGCUUCGCCAUUUCUUAUACAAAUCGCGUGCCAACGUCCAGUUCACCAUGUCGUCAUAUGCUCCCGAGUUUACUUCGGUAUCACGACGACGAAGAUUGAUGUCUGCAUACAACAAUCUUCAUGCCAGUAUCCAUGCCAAGAACACACAUGUCAAAGUUCAUCACUGUGUCUCUCGGUCUGCAACCUCAUUUGCAUGGGUGACUCCCGUGUUCGAGCUUUAUUGUAUUGCUGAACCGAGUGCGAAUCGAAAUGCGCUGGUCCAAAGUGCUAGCAAAGUUGCUCUGUGGGUGAAACAAGAAGAGGAAAGGCUAUUUAUCAUCGGUGGUGCAGUAAGUUUCCAGCCCCGCAACAAGUCGUCUUUGAUUUGGAUUUUAGUAACCAUCGUCUAG